CGGCCAUGAAGUUUCACCUAUAACAGCUCUGGCCGAGCGAGCGACCAAUGCGCUGCGAAACUCAAAGCGAAGGAGGCGGGGAGGCGAGGGCUUGGCGGAGGAGGAAGGAGAGGAAGGAAGGCCGGGUGGGGCUUGGCUGGCUUGAGCCGAAGGAGGAAAGGCGGGCGAGAGGGGCUUUCCGGAGGAGACAAGGCUUGCCCAUCGACGAAGGAAGACCUGAGGCUGGAGAGAGAGGAAGGCAGAGAGGGCAAAGACGGCCUGUGAAGAAAUACGAGUAUUUCUGAAUAGUCAAGACAUAUAUCAUGGCUGAGUUGUCACCUGAAGAUAUUCAACUGAGAGCCCAUCAAGUUACAGAUGAGUCUUUAGAAAGCACAAGGAGGAUUCUUGGCUUGGCCGUUGAGUCCCAAGAUGCUGGAAUCAAAACUAUCGCCAUGUUAGAUGAACAAGGAGAACAGCUGAACCGUAUAGAAGAAGGAAUGGACCAGAUAAACAAAGACAUGAGAGAAGCUGAGAAGAAUUUAAAAGAACUCAAUAAGUGUUGUGGUCUCUGUGUCUGUCCUUGCAAUAGAACAAAGAAUUUUGAGUCUAGUAAAUCAUAUAGGACAACAUGGGGUGAUGGUAUGGAGAACUCAGGCGAUCAUGUAGUGUCCAGACAACCGGGACGGACAAUAGAUUAUCAGCAGCAGGGCGGAGGAGGAAAUUCUGGGGGAUACAUCACACGGAUAACCAAUGAUGCCAGAGAAGAUGAAAUGGAUGAAAAUCUAACCCAAGUUGGAAACAUCUUGGGGAAUCUGAAAAAUAUGGCUUUGGAUAUGGGUAAUGAGAUUGAUUCACAAAACAAGCAGAUAGACCGGAUAAAUGAGAAGGCUGAAACCAACAAGGAUCGUAUUGAGCAAGCCAAUGUAAAAGCCAAAAGACUUAUUGAUAACUAAUAGUCAGCUUCCAGUUCUUGAUUCCGCUUUAACAUCAGUUUAAGUCUAUACAACACAAUUUCCAAAGAAGGAAGAUAACAGAAUCCAGAAGAUGAAACAAAGCAAGAUGUAUCAUUAGGCUUCUUUGUUGCCUGAAAGCAGGUCUCAGUUUGAAAUCCAGGAAAGCAGCACAUCAGAAACACAGAUUAUAAAAAACCCUUUUCAUAUCCUCAGGGCUUCAUUUUCUGAUUUUGAUUCUUUCUUUGUUGUGUCCUUUCCUCCAUCCUUUAUCCCCAUUUUUAUAAUAGUUCAGUGGCAAAGAGUGAGGCAAUUAUGCAAAGACAAAACAGGAUGUAUUCACAAGAUUAAUUGCCUCACUUAAUAUUGCAGGUCAUCGCAAACAAAGUAGAUGAAUGAUUUAUACAUAAUGUCUCUUUUCAUUAUGUUGUUCCUGCUUUUACAGAGUGCUUGAUCUCAUUAUGAAACCUUCCAUAAAAGUAACGAAUAGUGCACAUCUAUUCUGGUAAUUGGCUUAAUGGUUGAUGCUUUUGAUUAUCCAUGAUCAUUGACAUGCAGUAUAUAAAUUGGAAAGGAUGUUCUUUCUAAGCUGUAGCAGUUCUUGUUUGAGUUCAGAAAAGACAAGUAAUCUGUGCUGUAUUUUUUAUGUGAACAUACAUAAAACAUGAUUCUCACAGAACCUUUAAACUUGUUUUUCUUCACUUAAAUGCAAUCAUUGGGAUGUUUGAUACAAACCUUAUUUCAUUUACUGUUUGUAGCAUGCAAAUUUUAACUUCUCAGAAAUACUAUUGCAUUUUUCUUUUUUUAAAAAAAAAAUAUCUGUGUAUCCAGUGGGCACAGAUUCAUACUCCCACUGAAAAGAGAACUUGGUGUUCAAUAUUAUUUUUUUAAGCAAUUUAUUAAAAUUACAAAGAAGUCUGAUGGUAGGCUAAAACAAAACUAUUUUCCCAAUUGUAUCUUUUAAAAGAAAUGUGUUCUAUCUUUCAGUUCAAUCAGUUUGUAUUUGGUUAAACAGCAAGAUUGUACAUCCUGAGAAGAAAAAUAGAAUAGAAGAAGGGCACAAUUUAACACCUUGUUCCACUUGGCAGGACUCAUUUUAAAAGAAAUUUUGCAUUGGGUACCCAAUUAAAUAUGUGAACACAUACUGAUUAUUCAAACAAUAGUUUUCUUCAAUCUGAACUCAUAUUUAGCAUUUGUACUGAAAUGAUAUGGAAGAGUGCAAUCAUUAAUAAAUCAGCUUUGCUUCUGUUUCUGUCAAUGUAACGAAUCUGUAUUUGUAGUAUUUCAUGAAUUUUGAAAUUGUGGCAUAGUUAAAGUACAGGCUUACACUAUGAAUUGUGAUCUAUCUCUGAAUUGGGUAUGUUUUGCUAUUGCUUGUAAACUACCCACUUUUGUAAUACUGGGCAUAGAGCUAAGCCAUGGAAACUAGCCUAUAGGACUGCUAAGCAAUCUGCAUUUAGUUUGGUGGUUACAGUUCUAUAGGUCUGCUGUAGUAAUUUAUUUGGCCGCAAAGUAUUUCUGUGCAGGAUUAAGGUGCUUCAUUUAGCACUCACAUGUCUGUAGUACCAGUUUAAAUACGUUACAUUUUCAGGCUUUUCCAAGAAAACAUUAGUUGUCUCCUGAUUAAGAAUUAGACAGCAUGGAAAUCUUUUUUUUUUUUUGUAAGGAUAUUGUGCUAUUAGUGUGUUUAAGUUGAUUUUUUUUUAGUAUGUAAGAAUUUAUGAUAGUUUGAGGACUGGGAAUACUUUCAAGGAUUGCAGAAUUUAUGAGAUUUAUGUUGCAAUCAGAAGUAGUAGUAUUUUGUGGACUAAUGGCAGCUGCUGUAUCGGCCUUUAAGUCCUGCCAAAGGAAGAGCUCAAAACAAACUGGUUCAUUAUACUGUAACUUUUCUUAAAUUACAAGAGGAUACCUCAUUUUCUUGCCUCUCUACAAAUCAUUUCCAACUGAGCCAUAAUUUUAUAUUGUAAUAAGAUAAUGGUCAGUCUUGUAUGUUAUCUCUUGUCAAUAAUGACAAGAUAGUAGUUCUAGUUGGAUAUAUAUGCUGUAUUAAUAGUGAAGCAAAUAAUCCUCAAAUUAGGAAAUUCUAAAUUUUUCCAGAAAUGGCAGAACACACAAACUGCAAGCAUAACAAUGAAUUCAAUCUUGUAAUAUGUUGUUCUUAAUUCUUUUAUUUGAUGUGAGAUUUACCAAGCUAUAGAUGCUUUCUCGCACACACUGCUCAUUCGCUUUUAUGAAGAAAUUAUAUACAAAUUCCACAAUAGUGUGGGUAAUUCUUGUGUUAUAUUUGAAGAUGUGUAUUAAGGAAUUUGUAACAUCUUACCAACUCAGACCAUACUAUUUGGAAUCCACUUGCUUUCUGUGUUACCUAUUUGGAGCUGUAAAUGAACACCUCUGGUUUCUGUCAUUAUACCUCUUGGACUGAAUAAAAUUAACUUAUAAAUGG